AUGACCUAUUCUCGCAUACUUCUCCACUAUGGGCCACAUUUGUCGAGCUUUAGCCCCAAGGCUAUCUCUAUCACUUUUAUGGCUGCCGACUGGGUCGCACUUAUCCUCCAAGCAGCUGGCGGAGCAAUUGCAGAUACCGCUGCGACAAAAGCCGGGAUGAACAGUGGGACAAAUAUCUUGGUCGCAGGGCUGAGCUUUCAAGUAUUUGGCUUGAUCCUGUUCAUAAUGACAGUUGUAGAGUAUGCCUUCAAAGUAAGCGGGGAGAGAAGUCGAAGGAAAGCAGCCAACUGGGCGGCAGGCGAAGGUGAAAUAGGGGCAAGCGAAAGAAAAAUGAGGUAUCUCUGCUAUGGUAUGUUAAAUUCCAAUUUGUUCUUCUUAAUCGUUUCCAUACUUCAUUAUCUCCAUCGUCCCGAACAUCCGACUUACAAUUCCCUCAUAAAUCCUUUUCCAAUCUCUGCCUUAGAUUGGAGACUAAUCGCACGACCUGAUGUGCUUGUAGGUCUUACUGUGGCAACUGUCCUCAUCCUUAUUCGUUCAAUAUUCCGUGUGGCCGAACUUGCUAAAGGAUUUAAGUCGAAGCUUGCCAAUGAAGAGGUUCCUUUCAUGAUACUCGAGGGAGGAGUUAUGAUAUCGGCUACCACAAUUAUGACGAUCUUUCACCCCGGAUUAAUUAUCAAGGGGAAGUGGAAAGAAUCCGGCUGGGAAUUGAAGGGAUGGAAGAACGAGCGGAAUUGA